CCUCAAGGGACUGGGCAAUGGGCGCCGCAGAUUUUAUGGAAUUGUCCAUGCUAAUUAUGACCUAUUAGGAGCACUAAGUAUUAAUGGUUUCAAAGGAUAACUUGUGCCAAAACAUUCUCGUGUGGACAUGGAGAUCUAGAUGUAUGGACUUUUUAGCAUGGCCGCCGCCUUAUCAGCGACACACGACAGUUAUCAGACUUUAUCAAAGCGGGGAAGACUUAUCUCGAGCACCGGACAUGUUUCGAGAUCACCGGUUGUCCGGACAGAAAGCCGGAGAGUUAGUACGACUAGUCUCACGCUCAUUGGCGUGGAGAACAGAGGGCCAGUCAUGCCGGUCGCGGAGAAAGAAAGAAGAUCCUCCUUCCUCCCGCCUCCCUUGCGGUGAUGGGGGGGAAUUGGCCAUUGGACAUCAGGUGCCCCAGAGCCUCAUCAUUAGAUUCCAGGCUAAUGCUACGCUCUCCUUCAUCUAUAUUUCCGCUCGAUACUGUGCUCGUCACAUCUACAGUGCAAAACCAUCUCUCUUUAUGACAGCCAAGACUACUAGUACUAUACCUUCCCCACAGAACUAGACUUAUCGAGGCAGGAUAAGCUCAGCCUUGACUGCUGCAGAUUAAUACUGAUGCUGGUUGGAGAGGCAGACACCAAGCGUAGUAAGCGCUACUAACUGCUGCCGGUCAGGGAUACUAAGUACUACUUAGUUGGUAGUGGCGAUCUAUUGACCAACA